AUGGCUUUUUACGAAAUUGGUAGCGAUGUAUCUUCACAUAAUAUAACGGAUUUGUCAAACGACAAUAAUAUUUUAGAAGAUUUGUCUAUAAUUCCUUUAGAGAAAGAUAGUUUUGCAAUAUGUGAAUUGUGCGGGCGAGUGGGUCGCCGCGGUCAGUUCUACGCUCGUAAUAAUAAGUUCUGUUCACUAAGAUGUCAUGCCAGUAAUAAUUUAAGAAGGAGAUAUUGUAACUGGAGAUUCAAGUUGAUGGAAGGGACCGAACAUAUGGCAGGACUAAUCCCGCUCGAACCACUGCCACAGUUGCAGCACUGGCAAGCAAAUUUUAAUGAUCUCCAAGCAGGACCUAUUAAGCAGUCUGCCGCAUUAAUAGCUAACAGUUAUGAAUGGAAGGAUGAAUUAUUUGGGUGUGACUUCCUCGCUGCCCCCGUCAGUCUGUUCAAACAUGCACCGUUACAUGAAAUGUGGGAUAACACUUUUGAAGGAAUGAAAGUAGAAGUAAAGAACACAGACUGUGAAAAUUAUUCAGAAAAGCUACAUGAUUACUUCUGGGUAGCUACAGUUCUCAAGGUUAAAGGUUAUAUGGGUCUUCUAAGGUAUGAAGGUUUUGGCAGUGAUGAUUCUAAAGACUUUUGGGUUAAUCUUUGUUGUUCUGAAGUACAUCCAGUCGGCUGGUGUGCGACACGCGGUAAACCACUAAUACCUCCUCGCAGUAUAGAGGAUAAAUAUACUGACUGGAAAAAGUUUCUAGUGAAACAGCUUACAGGAGCUCGAACUUUACCAGCAAAUUUUUAUACUAAAUUAAAUGACAGCCUUGUAUCAAGGUUUUCUAUAGGUUCAAUCAUGGAAGUUGUAGAUAAGAACAGGAUUUCCCAAGUUAAAGUGGCUAGUGUAUGUGAAAUAGUUGGGAAACGUUUACACAUAAAAUAUUAUGAUAGUUCACCGGAGGAUAAUGGCUUCUGGUGUCAUGAGGACUCCCCAUUAAUUCAUCCUGUGGGUUGGGCGUUCAGAGUAGGACAUUUAUUAGACGCACCACAAAGUUACUGUCAAAGAGUAGCGGCAGGACGUCUAUUGCCAAAUGAUACAACAUCGGAUAUGUUUUAUAAGUACCCAACAAAUGAACCGCCUUUGUUUUCUGAGGGUAUGAAACUGGAAGCGAUAGAUCCAUUGAAUCUGUCAGCGGUGUGUGCGGCGACUGUGAUGCAAAUUUUGAAUGAAGGAUAUAUGAUGAUAAGGAUAGAUUGCUAUCCCGCUGACGCUUCGGGCGCGGACUGGUUUUGUUAUCACCAACGAUCGCCUUGCAUAUUCCCAGUGGGAUUCGCAUUAGCAAAUAAUAUAACUUUGGUGCCACCGGCUGGCAUGAGUAGGGAGCAGUUUAGUUGGGAUCAAUAUUUAAGUGAAUCGGGAUGUGUGGCAGCGUCGAGGUCUCUAUUCUCAGCCAGAGGUCACGUUGUGUCGCACGGGUUCGUGGCAGGCAUGAGAUUGGAGUGCGCAGAUCUAAUGGACCCUCGUCUCGUCUGUGUAGCCACCGUCGCGAGGGUAGUCGCUGAUUUACUCAAGGUUCAUUUCGACGGUUGGGGUGGCGAGUACGACCAGUGGCUAUGGGCUCAUAGUACUGAUGUGUAUCCCGUUGGAUGGUGUAGGGCUGUGGGCCAUCGUUUGGAGGGACCUUUACAACCGCCACGAGCUCGACGCCCUCCAGCCCGCCAACCGAGACCGACUCGUAGGAAACGAAGACCUGCGGCGAAGGUGUCUCAUCCUCCAAAUACUACAGAAGAAAGUUCACAGAAUUCGGAUAUGGGUGAAACAAAAAGUCUCUCACCACCAACUAGUAUGUCUGAAUCAGUUGAUACAGAACGCUCUGAAGAUGUUUCUGUUAAGAUGGAUGUUGAUACAGAAGCCUCGGAUAGUAGAUUGGCAGAUACUAGCCAAGAUAUUAUGACGGGAACAACAACAGACAAUUCUCAGGAUGUGAAUGAAUCAUCGCCCAAUGAUUCCCUCAAAAGUGUAGACGACAAAGUCAUACCCAGGCUAGUCAAUACCAGUGUGCCCUUAGAUAUUCUAAAUUCUGUUGAUCCAGAAAAUUGGACCACCGCCGAUGUAGCAAAAUUCCUUACAGUAAAUGACUGUCAACCAUACUGUGUUAACUUUAACCAAAUAACUGGACCUAUGAUGCUGCAACUGUCGAAAGAUGAAAUUAUUGAACUCCUAGAAAUGAAAGUAGGACCAUCACUAAAAAUUUUUGACCUAAUACAACAGCUAAAGUGCAAAAUCAAACAACCGCAGUGUAGAUUACUUGGAAGUUUUAAGUAG